CAAUGGCUGCAGCAAUAACUACUAAAAUGAAUGCUUUUGGAAUGGUUGACAAAGCUGACGAGAAUAGGAUGCGUGAAAUAAUACAAGAAUAUUUAAAUUUUUUGGAUGACAGCGGUGAAGAAAGAGUUUAUAUUAACAGAAUUGAGGACAUGAUAAGAGAUGAGACAGCGCGUUUAAUUGUUGAUAUAAACGAUGUCAGACUUAAAAUGAAGGAAAGAGCUAAUUCACUUUUGAGUUCAUUUGUAGACGAAAUAAUAGCUUUUGAACAUGCACUUAAAGAAAUUGUUUCAAAACUCGAUCCAGAUUAUGCAAAAGAAAAAGAUUUUCGUAUUGGUUUUGAAGGGUCUUUUGCUGAUCGUCAUUUAAAUCCUCGAACUUUGAAAUCAAGUUUCUUGGGAAAUUUGGUUUGUUGUGAAGGAAUAGUGACCAGAUGUUCUUUGGUUCGUCCAAAAAUUGUCAAAAGUUCUCAUUUUUGCCCUGCAACAAAGAAAAUUAUGGAGAAAAAAUAUACAGAUUUUACUUCAUAUGAAGCUAUUCCAACUAGUAAUGCUUACCCUAAAGAAGAUGAAAAUAAAAACCCGUUGGAAACAGAAUUUGGAAAAUGUGUUUAUAAAGACCAUCAAAUAUUUUCUAUGCAGGAAUUACCAGAAUCUGCUCCUCCUGGAAGUCUUCCAAGAAAUAUUGAUAUUAUUGCCGAUGAGGACUUGGCAGAUCGUUGCAAGCCUGGUGAUCGUAUUCAAGUUAUUGGCCUAUUCCGUGUUUUGCCAAAUAAACAGGCGGGGAUGUCUACUGGAAAUUUUAGAUCUGUAUUAAUUGCCAACAAUGUCCAACUUAUGAGCAAAGAUUUAUUACUUAAUUUUGAACCUGAAGAUAUUAAACAAAUUCGUAAAAUGAGUCGACAUAAAGAUAUUUUUGAAUUAUUGGCACGUUCAUUAGCUCCUUCAAUUUAUGGACAUGACGAAGUUAAAAAAGCCGUUUUAUGUCUUUUACUUGGUGGAUGUGAAAAAAUUCUUGAGAAUGGAACAAGACUUCGAGGGGAUAUAAAUAUUUUACUUAUUGGUGAUCCUUCUGUUGCUAAAAGUCAAAUUUUGAGAUAUGUAAUUCAUGCCGCUCCAAGAGUUGUUGCAACAACUGGAAGAGGUUCGUCAGGUGUUGGUUUAACAGCUGCUGUACUUCACGAUCCUGACACUGGUGAGAGAAAAUUGGAAGCUGGUGCAAUGGUGUUAGCUGAUAGAGGAAUUGUCUGUAUUGAUGAAUUUGAUAAGAUGACUGAUAUUGACAGAACAACAAUUCACGAAGUUAUGGAACAAGGAAGAAUUUCAAUUUCUAAGGCUGGAAUUCAAGCAAAAUUAAAUGCUAGAUGUUCAGUUUUGGCAGCAGCUAAUCCAGUUUUUGGACGUUAUAAUCUUUAUAAAAAUCCUAUGGAAAAUAUUGGAAUGCAAGAUUCUCUUCUUUCUAGAUUUGAUUUGAUCUUUGUUAUGUUGGAUGAACAUGAAGUUGAGCGUGACCGAAUGCUUGCUGAAAGCGUAUUAAAGCUACAUCGUUAUCGAGCACAAGGAGAGUCAGAUGGUGCUGUACAACCAAUGGGAACAACUUUAGAAAAUCGUACAACAUUCAAUACUGAUGGAUCCUCUGAAAAUUCAAAAGAAAUUUAUGAAAAAAAUCGUGAAUGGACUGCAAUGGAGGAAAGAGAAAAAAUUCUCAGCACUCAUUUUAUUCGUAAAUAUAUUUAUAUGGCAAAAGAAUUAAAACCAGUAUUGAGUGAAGAAGCAUCAACAUUUAUUUCUGAGCGUUAUACAGAAUUGCGUUCUGCAGAUAUGGGAAGGACUGACAUGGAAAGAACAAUGCCAGUAACUGCUCGUCAAUUAGAAACAUUAAUUCGACUUUCGACAGCUAUAGCAAAAUCACGUUUGGCAAAAAUAAUUGAAUUAAAAGAUGCUAAAAAGGCUUAUGAAUUGUUAUAUUUUGCAUGUUUCAAAGAAAAAUCAAAAGAGCGUUUAGAAUAUGAAGAACAUAAACAAAAGAGACAACAGUCAAAUAUUCGAAAUAAUUCAAAAAGUCCAAAUGAAGUUGAAAUUGAAGAAGAAAUUGAAGGGAAUGAUGAGCAGGAAUCAACAACUACAAAAGAGACAAGUACUCGAUCAAGCCGUUAUGCCAAAAGAAAAUUGACAGUUUUUGAAGAGGAAGAGGAGGAGGUAGAAGAAGAAGAAAAUAAUGAAGGUGGAAAAACUUCAACAGAGCAGCAACAACAGCAACCAGCAAAACGUCCAAAAAUCCCAGCUGUUAUUUCUGUUGAUCGUUAUAAAAAAUUGAAAGGAUUUUUAAGAAGAGCUUUUGAUGAUUUAAAUAUUUCAGCAAAUGAAUUGGCAAAUUUGGAAGAAAUUGAAAAAUAUAUUCAAAAAUUGGCAGAAAAUCAACCAUUUACAAAAGAUGAAUUUAAAGCAGCUUAUGACCAAUUAUCUGGAGAAAAUAUUAUUUUUAUUGAUGAUGAACAAAUUAUGCUUAUUUGAAAAAUGGGGAAUAAUUGGAUAUUUUGUGGGUUUAUUUUAAAUUAUUUUUUUAUUUAGUACAGUCAGACCUCGUUUUUUUGGAUACUCUCAAAGGUGGAUACUCUUCAUGUUAAGAAAUUGUUUUUAAAAAAUUUGGAUUUUUAUUAGGUGGAGGGGGAAGCUUAAUAAGGUGGAGGGCAAGCUGAAUAUCCUCCUACUUGUAUUUUUCCCCAUAGCUUCUAUUUAAUGUACACCCUCUCCUUAAACAAUAUCCAAAUAUGUAUAAAUCACAAAAGGAGAUAUUUUGUAAUGAGGUCAGACUGUAUCCCCUAAAAGGGGUUUAAAAAAUUCAAAAAAAACCCCUGAUAACUUUUAACAAUUUUCACUUUUUUUAUUAAAAAUAUAAUAAUUUCAACAUAAACAAUAACCAAAAUUACUUUAUAUUUUUUAACUUAUUUCCUGGCAAUUAUUAUUCUUUUACAAUUAUAGGAGGAGGGGGGAUUAGUUUACAAAAAAAAUAUUCUAGAAGGACGUGGGUAUAUAAAAAUGGGAAAAUGAAUUUUAAAAAAUUCUAUAAAUAUAAAGUUACAUUUACAAAAGGGAUGGGGUAUUUUUUUUCUUCACGGAAAAAUAUUCUAAAAAAUAAUAAUUUUUAAAAAUCCUUUAAAAAUUUUUUAAACUGGUACUUGAACUUUAUUUUUUAAAAAAAUAUAGAAUAUUUCAAUUGCCUUUCUCUACUUCUUUUUAAAAAUUAUUAAAGAAGAAACCAAAAAGUAGAAGGAAUAUUUAAAAAAAUAUAAAUUUAUUGAGUGUCCCCUUGGGCGCCUUUUUCCGUUAUUUGUAGUUUUUCUAUAUCCACAGCUUCAGUUCACUUCCUUUUUAUUUCUUUUUGGGCUUUUGCAUAGGUCGAUUGAAAAGCUUUUACUUAUUGACAGUCGAGAAAAGGUAGAGAGAGGUAGAAAGAAAGGUGAAAGAGAGAAAGAAAAAUAGUUGGGAGUUGUUUAGGUUAGCUUGACAUAAUGUUUUACGGACCAAAUGCCACUAGGAAGAAAUUUUUACAAAAUGGCAUAAAAUUUUAUUGAAUGUCGUUUUGUUAAGUUGGUAUUUUGAAUUAAUUUUUUGAGAAAGUGUGGCCACAACAAUAUAUAGGUGAAAGGGGAAAAAAUUUGGGAGAAAGACGUUAUUGAAGAGAGAGGUUGAAUAAGAAAAUAUGUAAAAAUAAAAAUAAAGGUAAGUCCCGAGAACAGUUUUUU